CUCACGCCAUGUCAUGUGUCAGAUAUUCCAAUCGUGCUGUGUCGUUAAGUUGUCGGAAUUAGAGAGGCUAUUUUCGUUGACAUUGCAUUCUUUUCGGUGAUACUGACAACGGAUUCGGUGAAUAUGUAAAGUAUUGAUGUAACAAAACCUGAAAUGUGACGCGUGUAAGCUGCCACAGAUGGUGUUACACGUUGUACGCCGGAUCGAGCCAUUGCUUCAAUUGCAAUACCAAAACCAAGUGGGAAAUUGAAGCAAUAGUUGUGUUCAGGCUACACCAACACGGGCCAAGAAAGUGCAGAUUGCAGAAUAACAGGUGCAGAAUAGGAUGACCAUGAAAACAUGCAAGCCACUGAAGCAGAUAUUUGUUGUCAUACUAUGUGUGGCAUUGCUGCUGUUUAUUUUCAACUUGUAUGGUAUGAAACAAAUAUUGCGAAAGACACAUGACUGUCAAUGUAUGCAACCACCAUGUAUAUGCGGUGGUUCAGAUAAUAUCAUUGUAAGAGUUCUUCAAAAUACACUUGGAGGUCAACUCAAUAAAUCAACAUCAAAUAUCACAUUUUCUAUAAUUCAUUCAAAAGCAUCUGCACAGUCAAGAACAUCUCCUGAAGCUAAAACACAUGUAAAGCAUAAUGAAACGACCAUUUCUAAAACUAACAGGAAAAGACUAAAAAAUGGCACAAAAGAAAAGAACAGAUCAAAAAAUUAUCAACUCGAGACAGCAGUGAAAACUAAUGUGUCAAAAGGUGACCAUGAUAUAAAGAAUUAUGUUAUUGAGAGUGAGGAGGAGGAGAGCAGUGAAUAUGAAGACAGCUCAAACAGUAUAUUUGAUGUUGAGACUAAUGCUUCUGAAUUAGAUCUUGAUGAUUACAAAGAGUCUCCCUGUCAAAUUCCUGUUCUAGAACCAUUUCAUACCAGCAUUGUGCAUCUAAUGGAAAAUAAAGAACCAAUAAAUUGUGAAAAGAAGAAUGGCCACCCGGAUCUUUCAUAUGUUGAUGAGACUGGUAGAAAACUUUUUUUAAACCUUUCGAGUUUACCUACACCCAGACCUUCAUUCUGUAGUUAUUCAUACAUUCUGCGGGAAUCUGAUGAAGUCUGUUCAUUCACAGAGUCUGAGGUCAUUGCGCUUGAUGAAAAAGUUGAUCAUAAAAAAGACGUUUUGCUGACAGACAAUAUUGAGUCUGACUUUCUUUAUGUUAGUUGUGACAAUGAUGAAGAGUAUGAUGAUAGUUGGCUUUUUGAUAUGCAUGCCCAUAUUUCUCCAAUACCCGGCGUCACUGACAAAACUCUACCAAAAUCAGCUUUGGGUCUGGAUGUCAUUGUUCUAGGAUUUGAUUCAACAUCACAUAUGAACUUUAUUCGACAAAUGCCAAAAUCCUACAAGUAUUUGACUGAAACAAUGCAAUCUGUUGUACUUAAUGGCUAUAAUAUUGUUGGUGAUGCCACGGCAGCUGCUCUGAUUCCAAUGUUGACAGGACAUCUUGCAGAGAACCUUCCUGAAGCAAGAAGAAAUGUGGAUGAUGCAGGGUUUGUAGAUAGUUAUCCUUUCAUAUGGAAGCAAUUUAAAGAACAAGGCUAUGUUACAAUGUUUGCAGAGGAUUCACCAUUUCUUGGUGCCUUUAAUAGACAAUAUGUUGGUUUUGAUAAGCAGCCUACUGACCAUUAUAUGCGUCCUUAUUGGUUGACCUCAGUAAGGUCAACUCCAGACUAUAACAGUAUUAGCCGGCCUAAAUUGUGUGAUGGUGCUAAACUACAACACAAAGUCAUGUUUGAUUAUUUAAAAGAAUUCCAAGUCAAGUAUAAAAAUAUUCGCAAAUUUGGUUUUAUGUUUUUGACAGAGCUAACACAUGGUAAUAUGAACAUGAUACACUUGGCUGAUAAUGACUUGUAUAACUAUUUGACUGAAAUGUACAGUACACAUCAUUUUGAUAACACAUUGUUCGUAAUGUUUGGUGACCAUGGUGCCCGCUACACAACCAUUCGUGCUACUCUACAAGGAAGAUUGGAAGAAAGACUCACAUUUAUGUCAGUAUUUGUUCCUAAAGCCAUUCGCCAAUCACAUCCUGAACUAUACAUAAAUUUAAAAGAUAAUUCUAAUCGACUCACAACACCAUUUGACUGGCAUGCCAUGCUGAAAGAUGUUUUGAACUACUCUGUUAACAAUACAGACACUAAAGCAAUCAGUCUUUUCAAAGAAAUUUCAGCUGAUCGUUCUUGCCAUGAUGCUGGUGUGGACACUCACUGGUGUGCCUGCCUUGACUGGACUUCAGUUGAUACCACAACAAGCAAGGUGCAACAUGCUGCAGCAGAGUUUUUGAAAGCAAUCAAUAACCUGACAGAAUCAGUCAGAAAACAGUGUGCCAGACUGAAGAUUCAACAGAUCACUCAUGCUGAAAGGAAUGCACCAAAUGAAAAA